GCAGGCUGGAAACAGCAUACAUACACCUUACCUUUAAAAGAGGACACCAAAGCAACCGAGGUGCAUAAACUCCGUCAUUAUAAAAGAUUUUCUCAAAAAAGGGAUUCCCGGAAAGAAAUAAGCAACACAAUGGACGACGUUGACCAUGAUCUCCUUGCAUUCAUGCGCGAGGCAAUGGGCUUUACCAAGGCAGUUAAGAAAGGCCCACGAGAAACGGGCGUUCUCGAGAGCGCGCGGUAUAUCUUUGACAAUUCAAUUGACAUCGCAUUGGACCGAGACUCGGUGGUUCAGGCCGCAGAGUCAAUCUACAACGCUAUCCAGCAAAAGUCCUACUCGACUCAGACAUGGUCAGAGCACGAGCUGCACCCGAAGGCGAAGGACGAGGAUACCUUGAAUUUCAUAUUCACAAUGGAUGUGCUGAACUUCAGUUUCUGGAGCGAGGAAAGCGAGGAUACGAGAUUCUCGGUGGUAUACAAUGGGAAGAAGUAUACAGGCUAUUGGAGCUUGGUAGCCUUGAUUAAUCGAGCUUUGGACGAAGGAAUCCCAAUAACUUGCCCCUUCUUCGUCUCGGACCCAGAUAUCUGUCCCGAUUCCCUCUUGGAACACGUCUUCCGCUCAGACUCCGAGGAGCAGAUACCCCUAUUACAGGACCGGUUAACCUGUCUCCGGGAAUCAGGGAUGAUCCUAUGUGAAAGGUAUGACGGAAGCUUUGCCAACUGCAUUCGAGAAGCCGGCCAGUCUGCAUCAGAACUGAUUAUGCGGGUUGCGGACAACUUCCCUUGCUUCAGGGACGAGUUCAAGUUUGAAGGGCGGAACGUGAACUUUUACAAGAGGGCGCAGAUACUCAUUGCUGAUAUAUGGGCCUGCUUCAACUCAACCUCGUACGGCUCCUUCUACGAUAUAUCCUCCGUGACCAUGUUCGCAGACUACAGGGUCCCCGUAAUCCUCCACUCCAUGGGAUGUUUGAUGUACGCCCCCAAAAUGGAGGGUCAUAUCCGUGCACGCAAACCCAUUCCCUCCGGGCAUCCCUGGGAAUUACAGCUACGGGGGACGACUAUCUGGUGCGUGGAAUUGAUAAGGAGAGAGAUUGAAAAAAACCAUCCCGGCUCCAAAAUCAACGCUAUCUUGAUCGACUUUUACUUGUAUGAUACGGCGAAGGAGAUGGAAGAGCGAGGGGAGGAUAUGAUUCCCACCCAUCGGACGAGGAGUAUUUGGUAUUAG